UCUUGUUUGGUACUUUUGGCCCGUACAUUCUAGUCCCACUCCAAGUGCUCCACAGUUCGUGUCUUGCUGUCACCUUCUCUGCUCAAAAUUAUAAAUAACAGGCACUUCACACACCAAAUGUACAAAAUUCCACUAUCUUCUUCAGUUUAUUUCUCAAUUUUGUACCCCAAAUCCACACCCUUUUGGCUCUGUAUUUGUAUGGCAGCUGGCUUGUUGGCUUUUGAGGUGGCUGAUCUCUGCCUAGGCAAGCCGCCGCUCCGUUCCCUUUCUGUCUCCGCUACAGUUGGUGAUGCCCUGGCGGCGCUAAAGGCGACAGAGGAUAAUUCCGUCAGUGUGUGGAAUUGUGAUCACUCUAAGAGGGAUUUGAAUGCCGGCGAUCAAAACUGUGUGUGUGUGGGGAAGAUUUGCAUGGUUGAUAUAAUUUUUUAUCUUUGCAAAGAAGAGAAUUUAUCUUCUCCGACUUUGGCCUUGAAGUCCCCUGUUUCAGUUUUGCUGUCAAAGUUUAAGGGUCUUGUGAGGCAUGUGGAGGCCUCUUCAAGCUUACUUGAGGCCAUUGAUCUGAUUCUCCAAGGUGCCCAGAACCUCGUGGUCCCUAUAAAGAGCAACAACUCGGGCAAUUCAAAGAGAAAACAGCUCCUAAAAUCAUCAUCAAUGAGUCCAACAGUUCACAAUGGUCUCGAAUUCUGUUGGCUGACACAAGAAGAUAUAAUGAGAUUCCUUCUUAACUCAAUUAGCCUUUUCUCCCCGAUACCGACUCUCUCCAUUGAAGCCCUUGGCAUAAUCAGCCCUGAAUUUUUGGCUGUUGGUUACCACUCCCUGGCUUCAUCAGCUAUUGGAGCUCUCUCCCAAUCCCUAGUGGAUCAAACUUCGGUGGCGGUUAUUGAUGAUGAUGGAACUUUGAUUGGUGAGAUCUCGCCCUUUGCCCUCGCCUGCUGUGACGAGACUGUGGCAGCUGCCAUUACAACCCUCUCAGCCGGGGACCUACUGGCCUACAUUGACUGUGGAGGCCCUCCUGAGGAAAUUGUGAGGGUGGUUGAGGCGAGGUUGAAGGAGAGAAAUCUUGAGAAUAUGCUAGAGGACUUCGUGAUCGAAUCCUCCAGCAGUACUACUCUCUUCAGCUCAUCUUCUGAUGAGGAAUUGCCAUCCCCGACUAGGACAUUGUCAAGGUCAGGGCGAUAUGGUAGAUCUACCAGCUACUCAGCCCGAAUGGUGAGAAGGGCAGAGGCAAUAGUGUGCCAUCCCGGAAGUUCUUUGGUGGCAGUGAUGAUACAGGCAAUCGCGCAUCGGGUAAACUAUAUUUGGGUUAUUGAAGAUGAUUGCAGUGUCGUUGGAAUUGUAACAUUUGCUACCAUGCUGGAAGUAUUCAGAGAGAAAUUAGAAUCCAUGAUCUGAAGCAAAGAUCAGUUAGUUCUCGUUAGAGUGAAAGUUCUUUCUUUUCAUUGAUAAAAAUAGGGAGGAACAUAUUGUGAAUAUGAGCCUUUACUUUGUGGUUUUUUGUAAAAUGUGGUUUGAGGACUUGCUCAUCCAGAACCUGGAUGGAUGGUUUCUUUGGUAAUUUAAUUUCAAAAUGGUUGGUUUUGUACUAAAUUUUAUGAUCAUAAUCAAAUUUACAAAUCGUGCAGUGAUAUUUUUGUUCA